GUGAAGGGACAGCUUCUGUGAGUGGAGAUGGCCGUGGUAGCGGGGCUGGUCCCAGUCUGGCUCUAGUCUCCCCUCCUCAGCCUGCGCUUAUGGCGCUUAGUUUCAGGAGAGGCCGGACGGGCCCCUUUAAACAUAUAGCUCAUGGCCUGGUCCCUGCUGCUACCAUAGCUCCUAAACCUGCAGUUCCCCGCACCCCUCCCCCUCGUAGUCCAAACCCUUCUCCAGAAAGGCCCAGAUCUGCCCUAGCAGCAGCUAUUCUAGUGACAACUUUAACUGGGCGUACCGUUGCUAUUCCCCAGCCUCGUCAACGAUCAUUUUCUGAAAGUGAUACCAGCUGUUUAGAACAAGAGUGUUUUAUUGAGCCCUAUGCCACAGUCACUGAGCUCAAACUGGGGCCCAAUUGGAAGCAUGAUGAUAGUGAAAGAUCUCCUGUGCAGUCGCUGGAAGUGUCAGGCAAUCCUUGUGAAGAUGAGGACAUGGACACAUAUCUUUCAGAGACAGAAAAAGAGCCAGAGCACAACUAUCAGGGUACAGAGAAAAGAGAGGAAAGCUUCAGCAAUGAUGCUAUUUAUGCUGUUCCCUAUAAAAAUAAAAAGGUAAAGCUUCCAGUAUCUUCUAGUGUUGAUCUUGAUGAGAAUGAAAUUUCAUCCCAUGAAGCUGCAUUUCCGAUUUUAGUAGACCAGUCAAAUAUACAAGUGGAAGAAGAUGAACUGCCUGUUUUGAAUUUAAAGGAGCAAAAACUGGCAGUUGAAAAUCCACUAAGCGAAAAGCCUCCACCAUCCCCAGAUGUAUCUGUUCGGGCAAGACAAGGACGGAUGGAGACAACUAAAGAGAAGUUCCAAGAACUAAAACAAGAAAAUUGGUCUCUAAUCAAUGCAAAUCAGACUAUGGCCCUACAACUUGAGGAACUAAAACAACAAAUAAAGGAACUACAGUUAAAACUUAAGACACUGGAAAAAGAAAAUAAAAAAUGUAGAAAAGCUGCAGAGAGUUCACAUAAGGAAGAGGAAGUUGCAGAAUUGUUUUCAUUGAGACAACAAGCUCAGGAACUGGUAGAUGAAAAUGAUGGUUUGAAAAUGACUGUCCAUCGUUUGAAUGUGGAAUUGAGUCGCUAUCAAACCAAAUUCAGGCCGUUGUCCCAAGAUGAGAAUAUAAAAAUUGGAGGUCUGCCAACGAAAGGGCCACCCCCUCCCUGGCUGCUGGAUAUGAAAUAUUUGUCACCUCUCCUACUGGCAUAUGAAGACAGAAUGCGAGAAAAGGAAGAUUUAAAUCUUGCACAUGAGGAGGACAUGAAGAAGUUUAGGAUACGAGUUGAAGAAUUGGUGAAGGAGAAUGAACAACUGCACCAGCAAUUAAAUAAAAAUAGUUCUGUUACCCUGAAGGAAUGGCAGCAGCUGCAAACUCAGGCAAAGCUGGUUUUGGAAGAAAAUGGAGUGUUGAUGGAGCAACUUGAAAUUCAGCAGGCUAAAGCAAAGGAGAGUUACAACCAACAUCUUCAGGAAGUUUCAAAAUUGACCAAACAGCUAAUGGUUUUGGAAGCUAAGAAACAGAGCCAGGAAGAGGAGAUAUCAGAGAAUCAGAAGCAGCUGAAGUCUUUAUGCUCCACGUGUGAAGAACUGAAAGCCAAUCUGAAUGGCAGAGUAACAGCAGAGGAGCAUGUUGCUUUGGUAACUGCAUUAAGAAGUCAGUUGCAACAGGAACAGGAAAAGCAAAGUGCUGAGCUGGAAGAUCUAAUGGAAAGGCUAGCAUCAUUGCAAGCACAGAAAAAGAGCCUGCUCUUAGAGAAAAAUGACCUAGUUGCUGAAAACAAGAUCCUGGAAGCUGAGCUGAAAAUGGCACAAAAGACAAAUAGGAAAUCACAGAAGAAAAUAUGUCUUCUGAAACAGCAGUUGGGAGAAGCAAUGGAAAAGGAAGUGGCAGCUCAUCAGUACUUAGCAAAUCUUAUUAGCUUGGCAGAGAAUAUAAGUCAGGAACGUGACCAUCUUAUACAUUUGGCCAAAUGCUUGGAAAGUGAGAAGCAUGGAGUUCUGAACAAAAUAAUAGAAGGGAAUGUACGCUUAGGAAGAUUAGAAGAGAAGGUUCGGGUAUACAAAAAGAAAGCUGCUGGGAAGCUUGGAGCCAUCAAUCUCAAAAUGACCGAGCAAGAGAAGGAAUUUGCUGGGAAGGCUUCUCAGUACCAGCGUGAAAUGAAGCACCUACAGCGGCAGCUGCAAGACAAGCAAGAAACCCUGGAUGAAGUGCUGCAGCAGAAAAGGUAA